AUGGGUACCACCAAGAACUUGCUGUGGUUAUUCCUCUUAAAUGCAACACUCCUGGGUGCCUCUUCAGGUGCCUCCCUGAGCCUGGUGAGCGGCAGAAACCGGUGUGAGGGGCGUGUAGAGAUUUACUACCACGGCAGCCGGGGCACUGUCUGCGAUGACUCCUGGGACCUGAACGAUGCCGAGGUUGUGUGCAGGCAGCUGGGAUGUGGCUUUGCUGUUUCUGCACCAACAGACGCCUACUUCGGACAAGGCACUGGCAAUAUCUACCUGGAUGAUGUGGACUGCACAGGGAGCGAGUCCUCCCUCUUCCGGUGCAGCCACCAUGGCUGGGGUGUCCAUAACUGUCAGCACAGUGAAGAUGCUGGUGUUGUGUGCUCAGGGUUUUCCCUGUCUCCUCCUUUCUAAGGUGCCUCCCUGAGCCUGGUGAGCGGCAGAAACCGGUGUGAGGGGCGUGUAGAGAUUUACUACCACGGCAGCCGGGGCACUGUCUGCGAUGACUCCUGGGACCUGAACGAUGCCGAGGUUGUGUGCAGGCAGCUGGGAUGUGGCUUUGCUGUUUCUGCACCAACAGCCGCCUACUUCGGACAAGGCACUGGCAAUAUCUACCUGGAUGAUGUGGACUGCACAGGGAGCGAGUCCUCCCUCUUCCGGUGCAGCCACCAUGGCUGGGGUGUCCAUAACUGUCAGCACAGUGAAGAUGCUGGUGUUGUGUGCUCAGGGUUUUCCCUGUCUCCUCCUUUCUAAGGUGCCUCCCUGAGCCUGGUGAGCGGCAGAAACCGGUGUGAGGGGCGUGUAGAGAUUUACUACCACGGCAGCCGGGGCACUGUCUGCGAUGACUCCUGGGACCUGAACGAUGCCGAGGUUGUGUGCAGGCAGCUGGGAUGUGGCUUUGCUGUUUCUGCACCAACAGACGCCUACUUCGGACAAGGCACUGGCAAUAUCUACCUGGAUGAUGUGGACUGCACAGGGAGCGAGUCCUCCCUCUUCCGGUGCAGCCACCAUGGCUGGGGUGUCCAUAACUGUCAGCACAGUGAAGAUGCUGGUGUUGUGUGCUCAGCUGGAAAAUAUAUUUGUGGUGACUUACUUUUCAAUUCCUCCGGAACACUUCAGAGUCCUUUUUAUCCUUUGAAUUAUCCAGAUAAUGCAGAUUGUUUGUGGCAAAUACAAGUAAUGAAUAAUUUACGCAUUAUACUCACAUUUGAGAGUAUUCAGUUGCAAGGUGGAUGCCAGAAUGACUAUGUUGAGAUCUAUGAUGGGCCACCCAAUACUUCUCCUCUGCUUGGAAGAAUUUGUUCUAGUUCUAAUCUCACAUACACCUCAUCCUCAAACUUUAUGACUGUCAGAUUUCACAGUGACGCCAGAUAUUCCAACAGAGGCUUUUAUGCUGAGUAUCACUCCUUUCCAGCAGACCAGAACACCACCCUUAUGUGCUUGCCGGACUACAUGCGUGCAGUUGUAGACAGACACUAUCUCGAGUCACAGGGCUACUCAGUGCAGAACAUCAGCUUGUCCGACCCUAACUGUAGACCAGCAAUUACACCGACUAAGAUUACCUUCAACGUUCCAUACAACGGCUGUGGUACACGUAGACAGGGCAACAAUGAAACCAUCACCUACUCCAAUGUGAUAAAAGUGCCUGGUUCUGGUCACAUCAUCAAGAGGCAAAAGGACCUUCAUUUGCACAUCAACUGCAAAAUGCUCCACAACACCUGGGUGGAAGUAAUGUACAUUGCCAACGACAUUAUUAAUGCCAGCGAAACCCAGUAUGGCAGAUACGAAGUGAGCUUGACAUUCUACAAUUCCUCGUCUUUCCUGUGGCCAGUGUAUGACUUUCCAUACUACGUUGACCUGAACCAGGAUUUGUUCCUCGAAGCUUCUCUUCACAGUUCUGACAGGAAUCUGAUCUUGUUUGUGGACACAUGCGUGGCAUCACCUGAUCCCAGCAAUUUUAAAGCACUGACCUAUGACUUGAUCAGAAGUGGGUGUGUUAAGGAUCCUACCUACUUUACUAUCAAUUCGUCGUACAAAGACGUUGCUCGCUUUUCAUUUAACGCUUUUUCGUUUAUUCAUCGAUACCCGUCAGUUUACCUGCAGUGUGAGCUGGCGGUGUGCAUGAAGAACGACUACUCUUCCCGCUGCUACCGAGGCUGCACCAGUAGGUUCAAGAGGGAUGUUGGUUCUUCCCAUGCAAAAGUGAAUAUGGUUAUUGGACCUGUCCGGCUUCGGGACGCUCCCGCUGAGAACAGGAACGCUGAAGUGGCCUCUGCCUUCCAAAUGGAAGGGGACCCUCAGAGCCCGACGCCUGCUGCCAGCUCCCACGCUCCUCUGGCGGUGACCAUCGUGGUGCUCGUAGCUGCUGUUCUCACUGUGGGAGGAUUUCUUUUGAAGCGCAAACUGCAGCAACCCAUCCCCUACCAGAUAAUGUGA